ACGAUUGUCAAAGAUCAGUCUUUUCCAAGCCAUGUCAGAAAGAAUCUACCUGAUUACAAAACGGUGAUCGAAGACCCUUCCUACGCAUCUCCACUCUUUGAAGGAAACAAGAGAGAGAGAAUGUUCGAUGUCGUGGGUUCAAUUUGCAUGAACAAGGACAAAUUUGCUAUCGACCAAGUGUUAAAUGUGAAUCCUCAAAUUGGCGACCUGUGCAUCACCCACGAUACAGGAGCGUAUGGGGGUUCGUCAAUGACUUUCAACUUUAAUGCCAAACUUCAACACGCCGAAAUCUUGCGUGUUGCUCCCAGUCGUUAUGAAAUGAUUCGUCGACCCCAAACGUACGAUGACCACUUUGCGACGAUGAUAUUUCCUUAACACACGGGCACGCCAGAAGGUGGGGAGGGAAGGAAUGCCUGCAAGGAGCUUUCCUUUCUCCUCCUCCUCGCGCGUCCCGAAUUCCCCCUUACCCUUUCUCAUUUAACGCCUGCCACGCAGGCUAUCGAAAAUGUAGAAUUCAACAAAAAAUAUAUGGCUCACCCAAUAGUAAUAAGCCCCUGAUGACAAAUUCCAAAAGCUGGGAACUCGAGACUUGACAAAUGUCCGGCAAAUGGCAAAGGUGGUGGUGGGGGAUAGGGGUUCUUGGAGCUGACCGAUAGAUUACAAUAUUCGCAGAAUUUUACCUGAAAAUUCUCUCCUGCUGAGUAAAAAUAUUAUCGAAAUACUGAACUCUCAAUAGAUAGCCGGAGAAUAAGUAUUGGCGGGACCCGCUUUAAAGUGCAAGUGACUAUCAUCACGUAAACAGAGGCGAGGCAAAGAUCGGAGUCGGGUGACGAUCACGGAUCACGUAUGUUUCAUAUCCCAUCACACUUCACGUAAAUACCAGCCUAGGUAUAAAUAAGCCGAGGCCUGGAGCGAGAUUUCUGGACGUUCUUUAGCCUGCGUAGCGGGCGCCAAUUUUUUUUAGGGCGAAGGAAGAAAUCUCGAAGAAAGUAUGCGCGGCCUGUAGUAAGAUAAUAGGGACCUUAAGAUACCCUGGACGCGGCGGUAAAGAGAACGGAGAAAGCCUGGAGCGAGGACGCCGCCACCUUCGCGGGAAAAACAAAUUAAGAUUGAGCAGGUUGGGUUGAGUGCUCGCCUGACGAGAGAGGAUAAAGUAAUGCUUUCGUGUUUUAAUUCCAUAAGUCGUGAAGUCUUGCUUGAUUGAUACCUUAACGAUCUUUUAUUGGAAGAAAAAUUUGUGCUGCCGGCUAUUACUCCAGUUUCUCUAAAAAAACAACCGAAUUUCUUCGAGGGAAACUUGAGGGUAUGAUCGGAGUUCAGUUUAUCAGCUAUUUGUUGCCAGACUUUUUCGCUUUUCGUUGUUCUAGAUCUUGCUUUAAAACGAUAUGAUACCGCUCCAUCGCUGAACUGACAGUGAACAAAAUAAAAUUAUAAAAGUGAAGUUAGAACCAUGGCGUCUUGUUCAAGAUCUCAAUUUUCUCCGAAAUGUUCAAGUUUGUUACGAGCCUAGAUUUUUUGUUUUUCAACAAUUUUUAUUCGACUUCUUGUCUCUUAAAGUUUUCAAAUACUAUCCCAAAGCGAGAACGUUGUCCCCUUAAAAACAAGCAGUUAUAGUGUUACAUUUGUGUCGAAAGACUCAGCACUUUCAUUCUCAGUUGCCGCCAAAACAAUGAACCCAAAAGGCUUGAUAGCAAAAUAAUAAGAGGCAAUCUUGAGAGAACACCUCACUAAAAACACUUAAAUGUGUCUCAUUAAGUAAAACGGAUCGAAAAUCCUGUACGAAAAGCAAUUUCUCCACUGAAAACAAGAAAACCAACUCACCGUUUUACGAGGCGGCCAAACUUCUAGUUUUCACCGUCGCGACUUCAGGUCGACGCUGUGGCAUUAUGCUAAUUAGUUCCAAGAAUUGAACAUUUCACUUCCGGUUGACGUCCUCCUCGGCCGCGUCCAUAGUAUCUUAAGGUCCCUAAUAUUACCGGCGCCUGCUAUGAAGGCUAGAAGUUCUUUGACACUGGGUCCGUAAUUCGGAAAACUCUAGGAGGAUCCGUUCGCUUGCCGAAGUUAACGAAAUGGAAAGACCAUAUUAUUAGAGAUACAAAAGGAAAAAAGAUUUGUCGGUUCCACACCUCCUAUUAAGUUUUUUUUCCUCUGUUGGGUAGAUUAUGAUCUACCCGGCACCCAGGGUAAUUAUGAUCUGGAAGGUUGCACAUUUUCACUGAGCUAUUGUGAUUUUAGCCGCUUGUUUCACACUGAGAUGACAUGGCACACAUAUCGAUUUACUGUGGUUUUUGCAUCUGGUUUGAAGGAUUUUCCCUCUAACGCAAGAGCAUCUUCUGUGACCUCAGUUUUUGAAGCGUAAAGCAUUUUAUUACAGCUGAAUAAGGGUUCUAAUUUUCUCCAAAGUGCCUUGUGGAUCUGAAUAACUAAGCGAUUUUGUUAGUCCGUGAAUGUAAAUAAAAAUGUUGUUUGUUUUUUUUUUUUUUGCAAUGUUGUAUCACGCUGGGCCCAUGCAGCUCAUGAGUUUUCUUUGCAGGAUGUUAAAUUAUCACGGUUAGUGAUUUACAGAUACAAAGUUAUAAGAAUUAAGUGCAGCUUCAACUGAAGCUGCAUAAACUAUGGAGAAAUGCAUUGUGACUCAGUAGACUCUAGCUUGGUUUUUUUCUAUAAAUGCGAAUCUUCUGACUGGAGCGCGUAUUCCCUUCCUCGAUAAUAGCUUUUGAAUAAGCUUUACAGUGUAUGAACUGUUUUGUUAAAUUGCCACUUUGUGAUCAGGCAAGACCAUGGUUACGGUUCUCCACGAACAAACCGGCGGCAUCUUUUUGCCACAAAAACAAAGUGCUUUUUUGCAUCCAACUGCAAGAUAACAUAAAAUAAACAUGGCCUUACAAAACCAGCACGUGAACGGCGCAACUGACUGUUGCAUCUUCCAAAGCACAGCACUAUUUGAAUUCGCUAUGCACUACACCAAACAGACCACCAUCAAGAAGCAAAUUUAUGUAGAUUUUAAAAAAAUUGUUUCCAAGGAUCAGAAAAUUGAAACUCACCUUCUUUUUUUAGAUGUUUUGCACCUUGUCCGGCAUUUCUUUGAGCUGAAAAAUUCUCGCGUUCGGUCGUUUUACCUCCCAAGAACGCACAAACGUUCAUCGGUGGGCAUUUUUUCUUCACACCCCUGAUUUCUCAUCGUCUUAAGUCACGGCUCUAGUAGUAUGGAAAAAAAGACACUUCUAGGCGCAGCAAAGAGCCUGGGAGCGACCUUCCCUCGUGUUUCUCCGCGUGGGCGCCAUUUUGCAAAUGUGGGUGACGUCAUCAUAUAUCCAGAUCUGGUUGUGGCCCGGACUGUUAACAAAUGUGAAUUUAGAGAAAAAUAUUGUGAAAUUCGAGCGAACUACGUAACUGCGCACUCUGUCUAUCUUCUCUCCAACAAUCCAGAGAUGUCACAACUGAUAUCUAUAUUUUUAAUGUUAAUGUUUUAAAUUCUUACAGUUACUAUCUAUUUGUCUUAUUUUUAUCUAUCUUAUUCAUCUUAUACAUUUAUUUAUUUAUUUCUUAUUUUCCGACAUCCGCCGUCCGCUAUCCGCUAUCCGCCAUCCGCCAUCCGCUGUCCGUUUCCUCGUUUUACAGACUCCUAACUUGAGGCGCUUUCCAAACCCAAGACCUGGCUGUGGCCGGACCAUGGCCGGACCGGUCAUUUUGACCUGAAAGAAAUAGGCUUUUCCAAAGGGUUUUGCUGAAAAACCGUAUCCUUCGCGCACCCUAUUUAGUACCUGAGUGAGAUAGCUGAAUAGUUUUGAUUAAAAGUGAAAUUUUUACUUACGACAAGAAGGAGCUGGCCGCUCACUUCUGACAAAUAGAAAGUACCCUUCAUCAUUUUUAAUCUGUGACCAUUUAGUUCGUUAACGGAGUUCAACUUUUACAACAUGCGUCUUCUUUUUUCAGCUUCUCACUUAAGCCGCGGGUAAGUGAGCUGUUUUAGCCAGGAAGAGCAGAGACCUACAGAAAACAUGGGAUCCUACCAAACAGAACCAGCAACGAAUGCAAUUAACAAUAUCAAACCGCUGCUUUGCAGUGAAGAAGAGCUGAGGCAAAUGGCUUCGAUCUUUCAAACUCCCUUUCAGCUCUAUGACAAGGAAUCAAUUUUAAAAGGCGCAAGAAUUUUCAAUGAAAGCUUCGCUUGGACUCGGUCACUUACUGGUAUGAGCUUCAAGAACCAUUUCGCGAUAAAAGCAACACCGACUCCAAAGAUUCUGAAAAUUCUCAAUGAAGAGUGUGGCAUGGGUAUGGACUGCUGUUCUUUAGGAGAACUUCUUCUCUGUGAGAAACUGGGAAUUAAAGGUGAAGAUAUCAUCUUCACUUCUAACGACACACAGUUCGAAGAAUAUAGGAAGGCCUUUGAACUUGGAGCCAUUAUCAACCUGGACGACUUUUCGCAGAUUGACAACCUCAAGAAGGCAUUGGGUGGUAUAAUGCCUGAAAUAGUGUCAUUCCGCUUUAACCCUGGUCCGCUCUGUACUCUGCCUAGUAACGAGGUGAUUGGUAACCCUGCCCAAGCAAAGUUUGGCCUCACGAAAGCUCAGCUUUUCUCAGCCUACAGGAAGUGCAAGGAAUAUGGCGUAAAGCGCUUUGGGUUGCACACCAUGAUCAAGUGCUACUGCCUUGAUGUCUUGGAGCUUGCAAAAAUUUCGCAGAUGAUGUUUCAGCUCGCAGUUGAAAUUUACCAGCAGACAGGUGUUAGCCUUGAAUUCGUCGACAUGGGCGGUGGGAUAGGCGUUAAGUAUCGCCCUGAACAACAAACCGUCAACUUGGGAGACCUGGGAAAUCGAGUGAAGGAUUUGUAUGAAGAAAUCGUGCUGCCCUGUCACGGUCUGCAUCCUUUACAGAUCAAGUACGAGUGUGGAGCACUGGUGACCGCUGAACAUGGUUGUCUUAUUUCACGAGUGAUCAACAUGAAAGACACGUACAAACGCUUUGUCGGUCUGGAUUCAUCUAUGGCUGAUCUCAUUUUUCAAGGGGAGUGCGAAGAUUAUCGUGAUAUCACGAUUGUCAAAGAUCAGUCUUUUCCAAGCCAUGUCAGAAAGAAUCUACCUGAUUACAAAACGGUGAUCGAAGACCCUUCCUACGCAUCUCCACUCUUUGAAGGAAACAAGAGAGAGAGAAUGUUCGAUGUCGUGGGUUCAAUUUGCAUGAACAAGGACAAAUUUGCUAUCGACCAAGUGUUAAAUGUGAAUCCUCAAAUUGGCGACCUGUGCAUCAUCCACGAUACAGGAGCGUAUGGGGGUUCGUCAAUGACUUUCAACUUUAAUGCCAAACUUCAACACGCCGAAAUCUUGCGUGUUGCUCCCAGUCGUUAUGAAAUGAUUCGUCGACCCCAAACGUACGAUGACCACUUUGCGACGAUGAUAUUUCCUUAA